AUGUCUCAGUCUCAAGCAGCUGCUACUUCUGUAACUCAGAAAUCCAAGCCUGCGCCUACCAUUGCUGCGCAACAGGGGGACAAUAUUGCGCAUGCUUUGGCUGGCGCUGGUGGUGGAAUCCUGUCCAUGAUCUUGACAUAUCCGCUGAUCACACUCUCUACCCGUGCGCAAGUCGAAUCGAAGCGUGCUGAUUCUUCGACGAUCGAGGCCAUCCGCCAUAUCAUCAAGCGAGAAGGUAUCAGGGGACUUUACUCUGGCCUAGAGUCCGCCGUCUUCGGCAUCAGCGUUACCAACUUCGUCUACUACUAUUGGUACGAAUGGACUCGCGCUGCAUUCGAGAAAGCCGCUGCAAGAGCCGGCAGGGCUUCGAAGAAGCUUACAACUGCGGAAUCGAUGAUUGCUGGCGCACUGGCUGGUAGCGCUACGGUGAUGAUUACCAACCCUAUUUGGGUAGUAAAUACUCGUAUGACGGCUCAGCGAUCAUCCACCGAAGGCGGUGACAAGAAGGCGAAAACGACUAUUGAGACGCUGAAGGACCUCUUGCGUCAGGAGGGCCCGGCGGCGCUCUUCGCUGGAGUUCUGCCGGCUCUUAUCUUGGUCAUCAACCCUAUUCUGCAGUAUACUUUCUUCGAGCAGCUGAAGAACAUUGUUGAGCGGCGAAGAAAGAUGACUGCCACAGAUGCUUUCUAUCUGGGCGCCCUCGGAAAGCUCCUAGCUACUUCCAUCACCUACCCAUACAUCACCGUCAAGAGCCGGAUGCAUGUUGCCAACAAGGAGGGACCAAAGGAGAGUUUGAACGACAAGUUCAAGAAAAUCAUCAAGGAGGAAGGAUGGGCUGGUCUGUAUAAAGGAAUUGGACCGAAGGUCAGUCAGAGUGUUCUCACUGCUGCCUUCCUGUUUGCCUUUAAGGACGUCCUCUAUGACAGCAUGGUUGCUCUCCGCCGACGAACUAUCCGGAAGUAA